AUGGUUGGCCUCCCAGCUAGAGGCAAGAGUCUCAUAGCUGGCAAAGCUAUGAGAUAUCUCGCUUGGGUUGGUAUUCCUGCACGCGUGUUCAAUGUCGGCACCUAUCGCCGACAGGGCACACCGCAGCCAAGCGCCACGUUCUUUGACCCCCACAACGAGGAGGGCGAGAAGAUGCGCCGUGCCGCGGCCGAUGCUGCCAUCACAGAUAUGAUUCAGUGGUUCGAUGCUGGCAAGGGAGUGGUCGCGAUCCUCGAUGCGACGAAUUCGACGAAAGAGCGCCGCCGCUGGAUCAAUGAGCGCUGCCGAGAAGCUAACAUCGAGACGUUGUACGUCGAGUCGAUAUGUGACGAGGAGGACCUGAUUAUGAACAACAUCCUCGAGGUCAAGACGACCUCGCCGGACUACAAGGGGCAGGACCCGGAGGUUGCUGCCCGGGAUUUCCGCGAGCGGAUCCGCAACUACGAGAAAGUCUACGAGACCAUUGAUGACGGCGAGAAGAGCUACACCUACGUAAAACUCAUCAACGUUGGCUCCACCGUCAUCAUUAACCAGAUCAAGGACUAUUUGUCCAGCCGACUGGUCUACUACAUCCAGAACCUCCACAUCAAGCCUCGCUCGAUCUGGUUAUCUCGCCACGGAGAGUCGGAAUACAACUUGACUGGAAAGAUUGGAGGGGACUCCAACAUCUCUGAACGUGGAGAAGCUUAUGCCAAAGCUCUACCUGGUCUACUGAAGAAGUCCGGUGUACCGCCCAACACGAAGAUUGUGAUCUGGACAUCCACGUUAAAACGCACCAUCCAAACGGCGCGUCACCUAGCUGCGGAAACUGGCUUCGAGAAACUGGAGUGGAAGGCAUUGGAUGAACUUGACUCGGGAGUCUGUGACGGAUUGACUUACGAGCAGAUUGCCGAGAAGUACCCCGAGGAUUUUGCCGCCCGCGACGAAGACAAGUACAACUACCGCUACCGGGGUGGCGAAUCGUACCGCGAUGUUGUCAUUCGCUUGGAGCCCAUUAUCAUGGAGCUGGAGCGCAGUGAGAACGUGAUCAUUGUGACGCACCAGGCUGUAUUGCGCUGCAUUUACGCCUACUUCCUUAACACACCCCAGGAGCAGAGUCCCUGGAUGGAGGUCCCCCUCCACACACUUAUCAAACUUACCCCGCGUGCCUAUGGUACGGAGGAACAACGGUUCAAGGCUGAUAUUCCCGCCGUGUCGACCUGGCGUGCUAAGGGCACGGCCCAAACCAUGUUAUCCGCCUUCACCGCUCGACCGCUCGUCGAGUUCAAACCGCGCGAUCGAUCGCGCAUCGAGUCCGUUCUCGCGUACGGGGACCGGGUGCUCGUGGGAUUGAACAAUGGGAGUUUACGGGUGUAUCGGGUGAAUGAGGUGGAGAAGGAGGCUGCGGAUGGUGAUGAGGGGAUGAAUGGGCAUCAGGAUGGUACUCAGGGGAAUCAUGGGGAUGGUGGUGCGCUUGGGAAUAAUGUUAAUGGGGGUGUUGGUGCGAAGACGGUACCCGCUCGUGAUGCUGAGGGUGGUGUUGGUGGAGCGGAGAAUGCGAAUCCAGCGGCCAAUGCUGCAGAUCAUGCGAAGGCGAAUGCUACUCCAGCAGCCACACCAAAUGUGCCGGUCAAACUGAAACAGACGGAUCUUCUGCGCGAGGUCGAGAAGUUCUCCCGGUACAAGGUGGAGCAGUUGGCUCUGAUCAAGGAGGCCAAGUUGCUGGUCUCGUUGUCGGGCGGGUAUGUCUCGAUCCAUGAUCUGCAGACGUAUGCGCUGCAGGAGCAGAUGACCCGCACGAAGGGGGCGUCGACCUUUGCGGUGACGUCGAAUAUCGUCAAUGACUCCGAGACCGGGGUGCCGUCGAUCGUGUCGCGGCUGGCGGUGGCGGUGAAGCGCAAGGUCUUGCUGUGGGUGUGGCGCGAUAUGGAGGUCGAGGGUGAGGUGGUGGAGAUGACGCUGGUCAGUGGCAUCAAGACGCUGACGUGGGUGUCCGGGACGAGGUUGGUGGCCGGGUUGGGGUCCAGCUUUGUGAUGGUUGAUAUCGAGACGGCCAGCGUGACGGACUUGGUCGGCCCCGGGAGUAUCGGCGGUUUGAAUGGCCAGGAAACCGGCCGGUUGACGGGGGUCGGAGUCGCCAGUAUGAGUUAUAUCGGCAUUGGUGGGUCGGCCCCCAAGCCUCUGGCGACGAGGUUGUCCGAGGGCCAGGUGCUGUUGGCGAAAGAUAUCAAUACCCAGUUCAUCGAUAUCAAUGGCGCGUCGCUGGGGAGGCGCCAGAUCCCCUGGAGCCAUGCGCCGGCGGAUAUCGGGUACUCGUAUCCGUUUCUGCUCGCCCUGCAUGACGCGUCCAAGGGGGUGCUAGAGUCGCCGACGAUCAGCUUGGCCCAUGCGGGCAAGGGGUUCCUGGUGGCGAGCGAGCGCACGAUCUGGCGCAUGGAAGCGCUGAGCUACGAUACUCAGAUUGACUCGCUGGCCGAUGCGCUCUUGAGGGAUAAGCAGGGCCGGCUACCGGAAGGGCUGUUUCGACUCCGGAAAUAUGCGGACGCGAUGGAUAUAUUCACCGAGAUCUCUGCGCCACCGGAAACGCUAUCGUCGGUCCCCGAGGAGCAAGAGGAAUCCGAAGACAGCGCCACCGAGAGCCCGUCCAAGACCCCCGACAACCAGAAACAGGUGGAUGGCAAUCACACGGCGGAUGCUGCUGUUGCGGCCACGGCCAAGACGCUCUCGCACGCCCCGUCGACGGAGACAUUCGACGAUGCGGCCAACGCCAAGCCCGACAAGGCCCUCGAAGGAAAUGAUCUCAAGUUGGCGGUUCGUGAGCUGCAGAGGUACCUGGCCGAUGUCCGUCGGCGGUUCCAGCGCUUCCUCAACCCCGAUGGGUCACUGAAGGUGUUCGAUCUGCCGGCGGACGCAGCCACAGAUGAACUGACCGAUUCUGAUAUCCAGGAUUCCGAGUUCGGGGAGAAGAUUCGCGAGAAGGCCAAACUCGUCGACACCACCCUCUUCCGAGCGUAUAUGUAUGCGAUCCCUGCUCUGGCGGGGUCUCUCUUCCGGAUCGCGAACUUCUGCGACCCGGACGUGACCGGCCGGCACAACGACCUGAUCGAUUUCCUGUACGGCAAAAAACUGCACCGCCAGGCGCUGGAGCUGCUCCAGCGGUUCGGUCAGGCGGAGGAGGAAGAGGAGACCGCUCCGCAGCUGCACGGUCCCAAGAGAACGUUCGCCGAAUGGCCACUGCGGGAGGACCCCGAAUUGGGCAUGGAGAACGCAGAGACUCUGCCCCGGCAUCGCGUGCUGGACUUUUUGCGGGGCAUCGAUGUUAAUCUGGCCGUGCAAUACCUGGAACAUCAGCUGCUCAAUUUCUACCUGGACCGUCUGAAGAAGUACAGAAACAAGGAGUGGGAAUUCGCUAGCGAAGACGACCACUACUCGCCAGCCAAGAUUCUAAACCGUCUGGACCGCGACGAUCCUGAAUUGUUCGAAGCGCGAGCAAUCGUGUUCAGCAAGAUGGGGCAACACAAGCAGGCGCUGGAGAUCUACGUGUUCAAGCUGGAGGACUAUGCUAAGGCUGAGGAAUACUGCAACCAUCUCCACAAACAGGACGAUAUAGCGUCUACCGAAGAAGGCGGGCCUUGUGUGGCUCUGCUGGCUUACGAAGAAGACAAGCCGUCGAUCUAUUUGACUCUCCUAGCACUCUAUCUAACCCCGCCCCACGGAUACAAGCCACGAUAUGGGCCAGCGCUCGAAGUGCUGGCCAAGCACGGGUCCCGCCUGCCCCCCGGGUCCGCGCUGGACCUGAUCCCCGAAACCCUCCCGGUGAAGGAGCUCGACUUCUACUUCAAGGGUCGCAUGCGCGCCGCCAACUCGAUCCUCAACGAGAGCCGGAUCGUGGCGAGCCUGCAGAAAGCCGAGAACAUCAAGACCCAAGCCCAGCUGCUGGUGGGGGAGGGGACGGAUCCCAAGCGGUCGAGAUCCCGACAUGUCACCAUUACCGAAGAGAGGGUGUGCGGGAUCUGCCACAAGCGGAUCGGGGGCAGUGUGAUCAACGUGUAUCCAGACAUCCUCCUCCUCAUCCACAACCUCCUCGCCGUAAUUGGCUUCCUCCUUGGCUUCCUUCUCGGAGAGUUGGCCGUCGGCGGCCCGUUUGUCCUCUUCCAUCUUCUCCGUCAGAAAGAUGUUGAUCUCGUUUUGCAGGGCCGGGACCUGUUUGCGGAGUUCGGCGAGUACUGUACUGUACACUCAUUCACUCACUCACUCACAAUGUUGCGCUCGCCGGUUUCUCCAGAGAGAGGGACGCGGUCUCCGAUUCCUCCCCCUCCUGCUUCUCAAAGUCCUCCCCCUCCCAUCCCUCCUCUUCCUCGACGUUCCUUUGACGAUUCCUACUCCUACACUUUCUACACCCGUCCUGGCUCCUCUGGAAGUGAUGCCUCGUCGAUGACCUCCAAUGUGACCACCAUCUCGCCUCAGCAAUCCAAUUUCCCGCUGCCGCCUGCGCCUACUACUGGCACUGCCUCUGCCUCUGCCUCUGCCUCUGCCUCUGCCUCGCCGCGGCCACCGCGUAUCUCCUCGCUCAACACCGCCAAUCUCACCUCCGCUUCUACUGCCUCUACUACCACUACCACUACUACCAACACCACCUCAUCUGCGCGAUCUCCCGUCUCCUUCAUGCCGCAUAAUGAGAUCCUGAGUCGAAAGCCUUCGGGACGGGUCGUCCCGGCUGAGCUGCAGCGACGCUCUCGUCACCACUCCCAGGGUUUCUUUGAACCAUCGCUCCCUACCGCUUCUUCCACCGAGGCCUCUUUGUCAGCUUCUCGUAUCGCGGCCCAGACGGCCAUGCUUCAACAACAGCAGCAGCAGCAGCAGCAGCAACAGCAACAGCAACAACACAUCUCGCCCCCUCCCCCGCCUCCCCCACCCCCGACCUUCGCACCCCCCGGUUCGACAGCAGCCGGCGCGACUGGCGCAUCAGCUGGGCAGCCAUCCUACGCAAAUGGCAGCGGCAGCACCAGCACCGCGGCUGGACACGCCCAUGCUGCCACGACAGCGGCCAACGUGGUAUUCCCCCGAAAUCCAGGGCUCCAGCCCCCCGGGCUUGGGCUUGAGAUCCCCCAGGAGCGCGAACACAAACACAAGGGCGAGAAGUCGAAGAUGAAGCUCUUCUCGAAACCCAAGCACAUCGGCAUCAGUCGCGACAAGGACGGGACGGGGAAGGAAAGGGGCCUGCCCUCGCCAAGCAAGAUGGGGUUUCCCAGUGGGGGCUUGUCCCGGAUCGUCAGCGCUUCGACCACCAGCUUGGCGGAGACCUUCCCGUCGAACAAUUCGUCCAUGUACAACCUGUCGAAUGCGUCCGCGAGCACCGUCGUGCCGGCGGAUCGGCCGACGGGGAGCGAGAAAGAGAAGGACAAGGACAAGGAGAAACACAAACACCAUUUCCUGUCGCGCCAGAAACUGAAGCUGAAGGAUCGCGACGAUCACUACAACCUCCCGCUAUCGUCCGCGUCGAGUAAUUCGAAGCCGUCAGACCCCAAUGCACCGCAGUCCCUAUACUCGUUUACCCCCGCGUCGCCGGGAGCCACCAGCACGACCUUCGGCAAGUCGGUGAGUGGGCUAGAUCUGCUGCAUGGCCUUCGUGAGAAGAAGAAAGAGGAAAAAGCGCAAGCUCAGGCGCAGGCGCAGGCGCAGGCGGAAUCGGAGCAGAUGGAUUGGGCAACUAGUUCACAGGGGCCCGGAGGGUCGCCGGCUGUCUUCCCCGGGCCGUCGUCUUUGGGCAGUUCCUCCGGGCUGAUCGCCGAGGCUGCGUUGCGGGAGACUCUCCAAGGGUUCGGGCUGAAUAACAUGACGCCGGAGGACGCUUGGGACUUUCUGAAGGCGAAACUGAUGGUGAUUUUCGACGGGGAGGACGUGCGCAUUGCGAUUGAGGAUCUCAACAAGCUGGUUCUCGUCCAUAUCCAGCGAUGUGUGCAGAAGCGCACUCCGGCGGCGGUGGUCGACGACCUGAGGGAACUGCUGGAGACCGGAUUCGCUUCGCUGAACCAUACCUUGAACGGGGUGCCGGAUGAGAAGCUGGUGCCGCACCUCGUGCAGGGCUGUGGGUCUGUGAUGAACCGGCGUGAAGCCAGUGAAUUCUGGGGGUCCGCACGCAAUGCCGAGUACCCUGGCUGUGAGCUGGAUGUGCGCAAUCUGGUUCUUGUCGCCUUCCGCGACCGAAUCAUCCUGCGUCGCUACGAAAAUCUGAAGUCGACAUUUUCACGCCUGAGUCUCGACAGCAUCAAGCUCGGCACGGCGGCGCUCAGCGUCACCACCAAGAGCAGUUCCACCAGUGGCGGACGGCCUCCCACCGCUGCCUCGCUUGACGGCGGCGGUGCCGGCGCCGGCUUUGGCAGCUACAGCUCCCAGUCCUCGACGCUCCUCAACGCCCAGUCGGGGAGCUACUCCUCCGACUCGUUGCUCGGCCACAAUAGCAACAUCAACAACAGCAGCAGCAGUCGCAGCCGCGCCGCCUCCAACACCUCCUCCAACCCCGACCAGCUGAUCUUCCAGUCUCUCUCCUCGCCGCCCCAGCGCCCGAGCAUCAUCCACCGGGCCAACGCGGCAGCCGACACCUCGCAUAUCAUCACCGAGACCGUCGGCCGCAUGCUGCAGUGCGUCAGCGUCCUGGCCAGCGUGCAGACCGGCGACAAGGCCCAGGAGCAGGUCGAGACGCUCGGCAAGGAUCUGAAGCACAACUGGCUGGGCCGGGGGCGCACCGGCCGCGACCGGCGGGGGUUCGUGGGCACGAAGAUCCGGCCGGCGAUUGUGGCCCGCGCCGACAGUGACGAGUACAUGAAAGAUCUGGGCGGGCAUGGGAUGGAGGAAGAAGAGAGACAAGUAGGCAAGUGA